UCGCGUCUUCUUUUGCACCACACACAGCCCAUCUUGAAAAAAGGGUAACGUUGGAGUAAAACGAAACGGGCUUGGAAUCGGGUUGUCCAUAGGGUGUCCAAGGCUCAUGACCACAGGCAUUUGUAAGCGAUCCCUCCAGGAUUCAAGGACUCUCCAUAACGUAGCCGAUGGGGUGUAUCGCCCGGAAUCUGUUUACGAUAUAUGAAGGUUCUUGACGAUCGAGGAUCCCCCACAUGAGCCCAUGAGGAGGAGGAGGAAGAAGAGGCACCACAAUGGAUUUUGUGUGAAACGACCCGCUACCGCCUUUUUUUUUGUCGCCAAAGGAGAGCGUGACGGCAGGUGGAAAAAAAUAAAAAAGAGAGGUAUCGCUAAAGGGACUCGGACCCCGCGGGGCACAUGUUCAGCUUCAUUUGUGUGCAGCUCAACCCAUACGUAUGCAAAACCCACGAAAUACACUCAGGAGAGAGCUUCAUCGAGAACGCGAGGGUAAAAUCCCCACAAUAUCCGCGGGUCUCUGUCUUUUUUUGUGUUGAUGAUCAAGGAUCCAGAGAUCCAAAGACUGAUACAUACACGGCAAAUGACCGAUCGCGCGAUACCACAUUGGGUAACAGUGAACAAGGAUCGUAUAAUAACAGUCAGCGUUGACGGUUGACGGUGACGGCCGCCGAUUGUCCGCUGAUAAAGACCAACGCCAAGCCUUGAAAAGACCAAAAAAUGGUUCUCGCCAGAAUAUUGCCCGUACGCACCAAACCAAAUUCCCUUACGACCGUUUCGAAAUGAAGCAAAAUUAAUACACGCGCGCUGGGCCCUUCAAACAACUCUGCGAGUCUAGACAGCCAAGACGCGUACGAAAUAGACACUCUGUGCACGUAAACAGGCUGUCGACCCGAACCACAGACUCGUAAAAGACACUGCGCCUGGCGUAGGGAAAAAGAGUCUGCAGCGGUGGUCCCAGAUGAGGAGACAACCGUCAACGUCAGCUGACGUACGAGACACGUUUGCGCAGUGCACAAGGGACUGUGCGAAUGACACCAACAAAGGUGGAUGCGGCUUCAAGACGCGCUUCGAGACGCGCUUCGAGACGCCGGCCGGGUGCUGCGCGCUCGCGCAGUAACAUCCACUCAACGACUGUCUUGCGAGGAAAUUAGCACACGUGAUCGAUCCAUGUCUGAAGACGAGACGAUCAGGGAGACAACGUCGUUGGGAACGAGUACGCGCGUAGAGCAUCCAUCACAGACAUGGCAUCUCGAGGAAAAGUUCAGACUGGAGGCUGCCAGUGCCGAGAGCGCAUCCAUGGUCUCGCGCUACGAGACAUGUCGAGCACCUCUGGUGACUGCGCAACCGAGCGAGCGACGAGCACUUUGCACCAUUGAUGCAUUAACAGGAGCAGUCAAUGCCGCGGUCCCCACCUAGAACAAGUAGAUGCAUUGAUAAAGGGCCUCCAUACCAAACAAGCAAUGUGCGUACCGACCGAGUCGAUUGAUGCAGAUAAGGGAGCUGCAGGAGUCAUCCUCAACCGUUAUGCGAACGACCGAAUGCACCACAAAAACGUUGGCAAAACACAUACCCAUUAGAGCGUAAAAACGAAACGGGAAACCAUCGCAAAUCCUUUUAAAUACACGAUUGGGAAAGGAAACGCCCAAAACCCAAACCACAAAAAAAAAACAACGCUUCCUAAUCACACGUGUAUAUUUCCACACUUACGCGUCCGGUAGCUGACUGUGCCGCUCAUCGUUCAAAGCGUCCAUCGUACCAUCGGAACUCGUUUACGGUAAAUGGGACGUUCAUUUCGGGUUUUUGUCGGAGGUUUUGGGGGGUUUUGAACAAAGUCUGGGGAUUCGGAAUGGGCAAGGAUUUAUAAACGUUCAAAAAACGUCAUAGUCCGUGGAAAGGCUGUUUUCAGGCGUUCCACAGAUGGAGGGAAGCGGUUGGAAGAUGGGCUAUGGAACGUUUUGCUUUAUGGAGGUCAUUUUACGUGGAAAACAGGUGCUUGCAAGUAAAAGGCGGUUUGCUCUUGUGCCAGGCUGGUGAAAUCAAAAGGCGUUGUCUUUGACGUAGCGUUUUCGAAUGUGGAGCUACUCUUGUAGAAGCAUAACCUUAAAUACCCUGGUUCAGAAAUCCAAGGAUCCAAAGCGCCGUCUUGAAAUUCGCAAAUCUCUGAAGGUUGGCGCCUAUCGGAGGGUCCGA